GUAAUCUGCGAUCACUUAUUCUUGUGGCAGCCAUAUGAUCGUACGUAUAUAAAGAUCACCAAUUACAUAACCUCGGAUAGAUAAGAAUAUUAUCACAAACCUGUGUGCUAUAUGUACAAUAUUACUACUUGCUAAACAACAUGAGGAAGUCAUUGUGGACAUUAAUAAACACAUUGAAACCACGAACUACUGUACAAUGGAGUCGCAACCACUUCACUUACUAUCCAGAUAAAUCGCCUCAGGAGGUGAGAUCAAAUGUUAAUGGUACUGAAAAAAUGAAUAUGGUUCAAGCAAUAAACAACGCUAUGGACUUGGUACUUGCACAAGAUAAAACAGCAUUACUUUUCGGCGAAGACGUUGGUUUUGGAGGUGUUUUCCGUUGUUCAGUUAAUUUGCGUGAUAAAUAUGGAAAGGAUCGUGUUUUUAAUACACCACUUUGUGAACAAGGAAUUGCUGGAUUUGCCAUUGGCGUUGCAAGCGUUGGUUCCACUGCCAUUGCAGAAAUACAAUUUGCAGACUAUAUUUUUCCUGCAUUUGAUCAAAUUGUAAAUGAAGCCGCAAAAUAUCGCUACCGUAGUGGUGGCAUGUUCGAUUGCGGUUCGUUGACAUUUCGAGUGCCAUGUGGUGCCGUAGGUCAUGGAGCUCUUUACCAUUCUCAAAGCCCAGAAGCCUAUUUUGCACAUACACCUGGCCUAAAAGUGGUGGUACCAAGAGGGCCCGUGAAAGCAAAAGGAUUAUUGCUUGCUUGUAUACGCGAUCCUAACCCAUGUAUUGUAUUUGAACCAAAAACACUUUACCGAGCCGCUGUUGAAGAAGUACCUACUGGUGAUUAUAUUUCUGAGCUUGGCAAAGCAGAUGUUUUGCGUAAAGGAAAAGAUGUCACGCUGAUUGCAUGGGGCACUCAAGUACAUGUACUACUAGAGGUGGCAGAAAUUGCAAAAAAGGAAUUUAAAAUAGAUUGCGAAGUAAUUGAUUUAGUCUCUAUUUUACCCUGGGAUCGCGAUACUGUGUUUAAUUCCGCAAAGAAAACAGGUCGCGUAAUCAUCUCCCACGAGGCUCCUUUGACUCAAGGUUUUGGUGCGGAGCUGGCAGCUUCUAUACAAGAGAAAUGUUUUUUGCAUUUAGAAGCACCAGUGAAACGAAUUUGCGGUUGGGAUACUCCAUUCCCACAUGUUUUCGAACCAUUUUACUUGCCUGACAAAUACCGUUGCCUAACCGCAAUUAAAGACAUAGUAAACUAUUAAAAGACGUAAGACGUGAAUUCAACUAUAUUUAUUAAUAACGCUUAAAUUUUGGAAACGGAUGCAUUUAUAUUUUUUAACUAUUAUUUACGACUUGGUUUAUUGUAAUUCGUGCAAUUAAUGUACAUAAUUAGUGUAAAAGUUAAUUUAGAGAGAAACAAACUAAACCACAGAUAAUUAUUAUGGUAAGAUUUUCAGUUUACAAGAGUCUUCUGAAAAUAGAUUAAAUGAAUAAAUAGAUUUACAGAUUUCGGGGA